AUGAACAGAAUUUCAACAGCUGCCGGAGGUAGAUUGAUGACUUCCUUGCCCACUACGGGUUUUUGGGGCCAACGACCUGGAACCACUCUGAAUGGUGGACGACCAAGUGUUGUUCGGGUUCAAGAAGGAGAGUAUACCAAAGUGAUUUAUACGUUAAUUGUGGAGAAGAAAUAUGAAGAUGCAAAACAAAUACUACAACAUCAAUUAGAGUUCUUUUCGGAGAGUAGAGCCGCAUUGUCAUUGUUGGCCUAUUGUGAUUACAUUUUACAAAAUUAUGCCGAGUCUGCUCAGACCUAUGAAAAACUGGUCAAACUCUAUCCAACGGUGGAUCAAUACAAGUUGUAUCAAGCUCAGUCCUUGUAUAAGGCCGGAAUGUAUCCCGAAGCUGUAAAAGCUUGUGCAACUAUUGAAUCCGAAGUUUUAGCAGAAAAAGUUCAAAAAUUAUUAGCAGCAUGUCAGUAUGAGCUCGAUGAUUUAGCAACCACAAAGUCACAUGCCGAGAAGUGUAUUCAGGAUGAUCCAGAUACUUUGGUGAUGCAAGGAUGUAUUUUGUACAAGGAAGAAAAAUACGAUGAAGCAAGAAAGAAUUUCCAAGAUGCGCUUAAUAUUGUUGAGUAUCAACCACAUAUUGCAUACAAUAUUGCAUUGUGUUACUUCAGAAUGAAACAAUAUACUCCAGCAUUAAAAUACAUGCAGGAUAUUAUUGAAAGAGGAAUACGAGAACAUCCUGAAUUAAGUGUUGGAAGUAAUACUGAUGGCUUUGAAGUCCGAAGUGUUGGAAACAGUCAGACUUUACGAAACACUGCCUUAAUUGAGGCGUUCAAUUUGAAAUUUGCAAUUCAAUAUCAGAUGACAAACUACGAGGAGGCUAGCGAAGCAUUAAGAGAUAUGCCUCCAAGAACGGAAGAAGAGCUAGAUCCUGUGACACUUCAUAACCAAGGUCUUCUACAAAUGGAGACCGAUCCCAAUGCCGGGUUUAAAAAGCUCAAGCAUCUCAUUCAACAUCCCCCAUUCCCUCCAGAAACAUUUGGAAACUUGCUGCUGCUCUAUUGCAAACAUCAACAUUAUUUGCUUGCAGCAGAUAUUCUAGCUGAAAAUAGUCAUUUAUCAUUUAGUUAUCUCUCUCAAGAUAUUUACGACUUUUUAGAAGCUUUGAUUAUGGCGCAAACUAGUCCAGAAGAAGCGUUUAGAAGCUUUGACGAUCUAGCAACCAAGCAUAUCGACAAAUUGAGAAAAUUAACCAAACAACUGCAGGAUGCAAGAAUGAAAAAAGAUAGUGAAGGAAUGACCAAGUCCCUAAGAGAGUUUGAUGAGGCGCUUGAUGAUUACAUGCCUGUCCUGAUGGGAAUGGCGAAAAUUUAUUGGGAUAUUGAAAAUUACCCCAGAGUUGAAGAAAUAUUGUUGCAAAGUGCUGAGUUUUGUUCAGAGCGCGACGUUUGGAAGCUCAAUAUGGCUAACACAUAUUUCAUGCAAGCAAACAAAUUCAACGAAGCCAUCAAGUUUUAUUUCGCUAUUGUAAAAAAGAAGAAAAACAACUUGUUGGAUGUCCAUGCUAUGAUAUUGGCUAACCUAUGUGUGUCAUGCAUUAUGGUCAGCGAAAACGAAGACGCUGAAGAAUGGAUGAAAAAGAUUGAGAAUGAGGAACAACGACUGCAUAGACAAAACCCCAACAAGCAGUCUUUGCAUUUAUGUAUUGUUAAUCUCGUCAUUGGAACUUUGUAUUGCUCAAAAGGUCAUUACGAGUUCGGCAUUUCUCGAGUCAUGAAAAGUUUAAUUCCUUACAACAAGAAAAUCAUGACAGACACAUGGUUCUAUGCAAAACGAUGCUUCUUGUCUCUAUUUGAAACUUUAUCCAAGAAUAUGAUUGUUCUAAAGGAUCAGACAUACACAGACAUCUUAAACUUUUUAGACGCUGCAGCCAUGUUUGGUAAGGAAAUUAAGACAACCCUAAACCCAGGUGCUGCAGGAGCAAGCGACGCCACUAACGUGAACUCUUCCAUCCUCGAUAUUGACGAUAAGCGGGAAGAAGACAGGACAGUAUCUCAAGAGGCACGAUUGCUCAAACGAAUGUGUUUGCGGUUAAUGGAAUAA